AUGGAUACUGGCUUCCUUAGCUCACAACACAGCCAUGUGCACCAUGCACUUUGUUUUGGAUUAAAAAUUCAAGCCAAGUGGGAAGAAAGUAUGUACUGGAUUGUAACUUACUGCAGGGCAGAUGCUGCCGAACUUGCUUUGCUGACAAGGCGUUUGUGCCAGGAAAUGGGACAGACAAACCUGAAUCUCCUUGAAGACAUCCCUUUGUGUCACACUUUAACUCUGCGGCCAGCUGUCACUGUUGAAAGCAAGCUGAUCCCAUCAGUACAGACAUUGGAGGCUGAAAGGAUGUUUGAAUCCAAAAGAUUGAAUAAGAUUGACCUUGAAAACAAGACUGCUCAGCAAACUGAGUCUGACCUGAAGGGCACGAGAAUUGGUGCAAGAAGGCCAGUUCCACCCUUCUGAUGGCCUCAUGCCUGGCCCAGAUCUUUGAAGCCCUGGCUCCAGUCUCACUCAGGCCUCUUACUCAGUUAGAACGUCUGCCAGUGCCAACAGUGCAAAUCGUGGCCUCACUUUGCGCCAUUGUAACAGAUCAUCGCCAGCAAACAACGACCUUCAGAAAAAUUCUGCUGUGAGUAAGGACUUCAAGAACUGGCCCGUUACUGCCAGGAAUCCUCAUGACUCAACACUUACCUGCCUAGCAAGGAUGGGCUGCCACAGCUCGGUUUGUAAUACACAGAAAAGCUGGAUGUAGGAGAUGACUAGGUCAUGAAUAAAUUCCAUCCUUGUACCAGUCCCUUCACAA